UGUUGUCUAUUCUGCUCAGCUAUUUAAAAAAUGUUGAAUAUCAACAAUGGCUUUCACUGGUGCAUUGUCAACUUUUGUAUGAAGCAAUCUUGGCUGAAUGAGAUGGGUCCCAGAGCAGGGAGAGCUCAGCUGCAGUGUGCACUACCACACCAGUGACUGCCUAGGUCUCCUGCUCUUUAUAUGUCUGCGCUGCUGCACUGGGAGGUGGUGGUGGUGGUGGUCCUCCUGUCCAAAUGGCUGUGGCUUGUUGAAGUCUGGACUGAGCUUCUGGGCUGUGGAUGUCAUCGCUAUCUUCCCUUUUUUUUUAGGGCCGGCUGACAGCCAGCUGUCGAAGGUGUGUCUAACAGAGGGAUUUGGAAGCUGCAGCACAACUGGAACCAGUCAGAGCUUGAAGAAGGAGCAGCAGGAGGAAGAUGGAUGGUCAGGAAUCGGCGGUGCCAGAAGUCCACCUGCAGCAGCCGACACCUCCACUGACAGCCCAGCGGGGGACAGUGAGGGUAACUUCCACCCAAGUUUCCCUCAUUCAUAUGAGCAGCGCCACCACGAGGAGACCACAAGUAGUGACACCCGCUUCAACCCCCACCUGCGACUUCAGCCCUCUCUCUCUCUCUCUCACCCACUCCCUCUCAAGUCCAAGGAAAUCCUGGGUGAGGGAAGGAAGGAUGGAGCCUUCAGGGCCGGAGCUGCUGGGGCAGGCUGCUCUCCUGGGGGUCAGCCUGUGUCUUGGUGCAUGGGGCUGUUUCCAGGCCCAACCAAGUCCAUUUCAUAUUCAAAUGUUACAAUCAGGCCUCUGACCCACAGGGGGCUCUUUAUGGUUGCGGCCCCAGGUCGCAGGGUCAAGAUGGUGAUUUAAUAGCUGAGGCAGAGGAAAGGAGCGGGGGAGCCAAGUGAUUUACGGGAUGAAUGAGUAAUAAAAAAGCAUUUUUCUUAAGUUGUCAUGUAAAUUUUCGAUCCCCAUUGAAGAUGAGGCUCGCUCCACACUAGAGGGCCUUCCCUCGGUGGCUUUCUAGUGGACUUCACCCAUUGAGAAUGAAGAAAGUCCAUUUUCUGCGUCUACUCUUGACUUGUGGUGGGUGUAAACAGUAGCUGAUGGUUAAAGUGUCUGAGGAUUAAGGAUGGAGAUAAGGACAAGUUAAAGAGCUGUCAUGCUUGUGUGGUGCCACUGAGUCUCGGAUGUCCUCAUGCUCUGGAGUGGCCUGUUAUUCCUGUCCCCGUGGGUGUGUUCUCAUCGCAGCAGCUCCAGUAACAUAGGAGGGAUGGUGUGUUUAUAUAUGUAUGUGUGGGAUACGACGAGCUAGAGCUGGGAGUGCAUGCUUGUAUACAGUACUGUGUGUUUACUAGUUACCUCAAAUGACUAUCUGUCAACAGGUGGUUGCUAGUAGGCACAGUCAACACUUAGAAGUGACCCAUGGAAUGAUUUGGCAUGUCAUUUAGAUGUUUUCUUAUUGGCAUCACACCAAAUUCUUGUCUUGUUCAUGACUCACAUGGUGUGUCCUGUUCAGGUCUUCCCUUUACCUGACGCACUCACAGGCCCAACCCUCCCAUCGUACAGCAUCAUCAGACACGAGGAUGUUUCUUAUUUUCAUUCCCCACUUGUCAACGUCACCGUGGAUUUGGUUUUGUAAUGUUAAAUCAAGCAAUAAAAUAAGUGCCGCGUCCAGCCCAUUGAUGCAAUCAGCACUAAUAUUCCAUGGGUGUUUCCUUUGGUCAUGCAUCAACCCUCUAUGAGGAUUUGCAUGAUUUUCUUUUUGAGUUAUACAACUGACAAAAGAGCAGAUGGAUACAACCAAAAACAUUUCACCCUUUCUUCAAUUGGCCUAUGUCCCUAUUACAAGAAUUUGAGGGGGUAAUUAACGGCCUUUGUGACCUCUGUAAUUCCCUGUAUGUUGGCCUGGAUCAUUCGUCUCUCCGUCACUGUAUUGCAAGGAAUGAAACACCCAUACCUCACAGUCCUACGGUGGCCUGGAAGUGCAAACCAUUAUUACAAAAAUGUUAAAUGUGUUUACAAAGCUUGAGACAAAUUUACAUUUUACAAAAGCCACAGUCCUUACAGAAAAUGAUAAAGUGAGCAGUCAAUUCAGUUUGUUUUUCACAGUAAGACACAUAAUAUUUCACAUACUGUUUAACAUAAAAACUGCCAGGACGAGGCUUGUGGAAUGAGAUUAAAACCUUUAUUUAUUUUAUUUUAUUUUAUAGAAUUAACCAAUACAGUGAACGUUACAGCAACAGUUUAAUAUAAGAAGUAGUAAAAACUUAACAACAAGUCGGGGGCUCUUACUUUGAAAGCCAGGUUGAAAGGAAGCAGCGCUACAUUGGCUGAUUGGCUGUGGUGCGUCUGGUCAGCUGGUAACUGGUUCAUUUGUUUACAGUGGAACAGCCAUCCGUUAAAUUUGUUUUGCAAAUGUGUUCUCGAUUAUAUAUACGUUCCGUUUCCGUAAGAAUUCCAGGCCACCGUACACUCCAGCUAGAUGUCGGGAGCUUUUUUUUAAAAGCUCCCGACAUCUAGCUGGAGUGUAAAGAUGUUUCUCUUCUGCCUUGGUUUUAUUUGAUCUUAUUUCUAUUUUAACUGUUGUUUUUAUUUGGAUUUGUCUGUACAGCACUUU